CCUUUCCCGGUGUUAUACGGGCUCUGUCUGGCAUUUAGGACCGCCGGUCUUCCGGGGGGGGGGGCGGGGCAGGCUUUGUUUAAUUUCAUUUCGUUUUGGAACUAGUUCUUUGAGUUUCUGGUCGUGUUUUUUUUUUUUUUAAACUACCGGUACGGUGGCCGAGGAGGUCCCGGCGGGCCGGAAGUGCGCGGCGGGUGGGUGUGCGCUCUGAGCCCGAGUCCGGGCUGCACGUGGCGCCGGCAGGAGCGAUGUCUUUCCGAGGAGGCGGUCGUGGAGGCUUUAAUCGGGGCGGCGGAGGUGGCGGCUUCCACCGGGGCGGCGGUAGCAACAACCACUUCCGAGGUGGAGGCGGCGGCGGCAGUUUCAGAGGCGGCGGCGGCGGCCGAGGAGGAUUCGGCCGGGGUGGCGGCCGCGGAGGCUUUAACAAAGGCCAAGAUCAAGGACCCCCGGAUCACGUAGUCCUAUUAGGAGAAUUCCUGCAUCCCUGUGAAGAUGACAUAGUUUGUAAAUGUACCACAGAAGAAAAUAAGGUUCCUUAUUUCAAUGCCCCUGUUUAUUUAGAAAACAAAGAACAAAUUGGAAAGGUGGAUGAAAUAUUUGGACAACUUAGAGAUUUUUAUUUUUCAGUUAAAUUAUCAGAAAACAUGAAGGCAGGUUCCUUUAAAAAACUACAGAAGUUUUACAUAGACCCAUACAAGCUCUUGCCACUGCAGAGGUUUUUACCUCGGCCUCCAGGUGAAAAAGGACCUCCGAGAGGCGGUGGCAGGGGAGGUAGAGGAGGAGGAAGAGGUGGAGGAGGCAGAGGUGGAGGAGGCAGAGGCGGUGGUAGAGGUGGUGGUUUUAGAGGUGGGAGAGGAGGUGGAGGCUUCAGAGGAGGAAGAGGGGGUGGUGGCUUCUGAGGGAGAGGACAUUAGAUGUAAUCAGACUUGGCCAGUUGAGUUCUGUGAUGACGGAGCGACCUGCUUCUACUGUGGAUAAGGAACUUGUGUCUUGAGCCAUUUGGAGAUAGCAGUCUUUGACAGUGGGACUCAGUGCAACAUCAUAUAAAGUCAGAUGUAUCGGAACCAUCGAUUAAAAGAGCAGGAGCAAGUCUUAACAGUGUGAUACAAUGCCUAGCACCCCGUGGGUGCUCAAUAAAUGGACAGGAAUUUUCAUUUGAACCAUAUUUUGAAUUUUUAAAAUAAACAUUUUAUUCCUUUUAAA